AGGAGGACAGAGCUUCCAGGCAGAGGAAAGAGACGAACAUGCUUCUCAUGUACAUGAGACUGACACUGUAUAUUACAUGGUAAGAGAUGUCAUUUACACUCUUUUGAUCUGGGAGAAACAUCUUAAUCGAACAAGGGAAGAUAAUUAAGUCUGUCAGUGAUCAGUGAUUAAUCAGCACUUCUUCUUGUGACACAGAUCACCUUCUGCAGUUUCAUUAACCAGGUGGACUAUACGUUGAGGAAGUUCAGUUCCAUUUUGUUUGGACAUCUCUUGUUCUUUUGUAACAAAGAUUUUAAAAUGGGUCCCGGCUUGAAAGAGGAACAAACAAAAAGAGGAUCAAAAUGUUUUAAACUAACUUUUGUUUUUUUCUUGCUGAAUAUCAGCAGUUUUUUUGUUCCAGUCACAGGGUAUGUACUGAGGUCUUGCCAUAUCAGUCACAGAACUGCCAUAUGUUCCAAGAAGAGACUCACUGCUGUCCCUCAAGAUAUUCCCUCAACAGUGAAAGGUUUGGACUUGUAUGGAAACAAAAUUUCAAAAAUCCAAGUAUCAGAUUUCAAAAAGCUGUCAAAUUUGACAGAGUUAAAUCUGAAAUGGAAUAUAAUCUCAGAGAUAGAUACAGGCUCCUUUACCAAUCUGAAUUCCCUCAAGAAGUUAAAUCUAAAUGAUAACAAACUUACUGGACUUGGAGACAAUGUUUUUGAUGGUUUGGGCAGCCUAACACAUCUCAGAAUGAACAGAAAUCAGAUCAAAACAGUGGCAUCCACCUCUUUUAAGUCCUUGACGAACUUGAUGGUUUUGGACAUCUCCGUCAACAAACUGUACCGCAUAACAAAUGUUCAUACUAUAUUACAGCACCUGCCAAAUCUACUGGAGCUGUCAGUCGCAAACAACAACUUAACCUCUUUUCAGUCGUGGGAACUGACAAACAGCUCACUAAAACUUGCCCACCUUGAUUUGUCUCAAAAUCCCAUUGGAGACUUUAGGAUCACUGCAGAUGUUUUUCCUAAUCUCACCUGGUUAAACACUGGGGGCUCUUCUAAGAGGCAUCACAUGAAAUGGGACGUUCGUAACAAGACUUUUCUUCGUAGAGUGUCUACUUUUGAUAUUAGUGGGCUUCAAAUACCUUCAGAAGACAUGAAAACAAUACUAUGGACCUUCAACUCCUCACUGACGACAGUGAAGAUGAAUGAUAUGAAACGCACACACCUGAGAGCCUUAAUUAACAUCUCCUGCAGCAUCCCAACAGUGUCCUCACUUCAACUCAGAAGUAACAACCUCUUUUUUGUGAGUUCAAAUUUGUUACUGUUGUGUUUUAAGGUAACAGAGUUAGAUUUAGCAGAUAACUCAAUGAAAAAUAUCAAAGACGAUGCCUUCAAAUAUCUUCAAGAUAUAACGGUCUUGGCUCUGAAUCACAACAGGCUUUCAUCUGUUCCAGCUGCCAUAAGGAAUCUACCAACUCUUGAAGAGCUAGAUCUCAGCAAAAAUAAUAUCACCACACUUGGGUGUCACGAUUUCGCCAAUCUGACAAAGCUCAGACAGCUCAGCCUUCAUCAGAAUUCAAUCUCAGCUCUACAGGGGUGUGUUUUCAAGGAUUUAAUACACUUGGAAGUUUUAAAGCUACAGAAUAACAGCAUUUCUAAACUGAAUGAUGCUUUCAUAAAAUACUUGCCAAAUCUGAGACAACUGCGUCUGAAUUCAAAUAAACUCACAGCAAUUAAACGUGGGGAAUUUAGGGGCUUGCGGUCCCUCCAGAACUUGUCAUUACAUGAAAAUCAGAUAACAGUACUUGAAAAUGGGUGUUUUACUGGACUGACAAAUCUUAUGGAUAUCCAGCUGCACAAGAAUGAUAUUAAAAGACAUAAAGAUUACAAAGAUGGUUUCAGAGAUCUGAUAAAUUUAAAACGAUUGGAUUUGAGUAACAAUAACAUUAAAUACGAUGAGAGCUCAGCUUUGCCUGAUCCACCAUUUUCUCAUCUGUUCAAUUUGGAGACACUGGCUUUUACUGGAAAUCACCGCAGAGGGAAGUCCCAGCUACCUUGCAACUUCCUGCAAGGCUUGACUAAUCUUUUAGAUUUCACUGGCAGGAAUCUUCAGCUUAUAUCCUUGCACAAAGACACAUUUAAUCACACGCCAAAACUGCAAAACCUUGAUAUAAGCUCAAAUGAACUUAUGGAUCUUUCUUCAGAAUUGUUUUACCCAAUUAGAGAUCUCAAAAGCCUCUAUAUAUCUAGAAUAAAUCUUGGGUCUCUAGACUUCUUUAAAGAUGCCAGCCUAACUAAGCUGGAGUUCCUGCAGGCAAGAAAGAAUCAGUUUUCAGUUUUCAGUGAGGAAGCACUGGAGUCCAUGCCAGCUCUGGCUUACUUGGAUCUUCAAGGCAAUAGUUUCACCUGUGACUGUGAUAACGCCUGGUUCCUCAAGUGGACAGAAAACAACCAGCAAACACAAGUUUUUGAUGCCUACAGCUUUGUGUGCAACUAUCCUCCACACCUUAAAGGUAUGAAACUGUUGAAGCUCGAUGUCCGGUCCUGCACAGUGGACACUGAAUUCAUCUGCUUUAUCUCCACCACAUGUAUGAUCCUCCUGUUUAUGGUGGCAUCCUUCACCUACCAUUUCCUGAGGUGGUACUUGGCCUAUGCCUACUACAUCUUCUUGGCUUUUCUCUUUGACACAAAGCAUAAAAACAAGCAAGCUCCAAAUCAGUAUGAUGCCUUCAUCUCCUACAACACCCACGAUGAGCCAUGGGUCAUCAGACAGCUGUUGCCAAAACUGGAAGGGGAGCAAGGCUGGAGAUUGUGUCUGCACCAUCGAGACUUCGAGCCAGGUAAACCCAUCAUAGACAACAUUACAAAUGCCAUCUAUGGAAGCAGGAAGACCAUCUGUGUGAUCAGUCACAGAUACCUUGAGAGUGAGUGGUGCUCCAGAGAGAUCCAGGUGGCCAGCUUCCGCCUGUUUGAUGAGCAGAAGGACGUGCUCAUCCUGGUGUUUCUGGAGGACAUUCCCACCACUCAACUGUCUCCUUACUACCGCAUGAGGAAGCUUCUGAAGAGGCAGACCUAUUUGAGCUGGUCUCGAGCCUCAGAGCACCCUGAACUAUUCUGGGAGAGACUCCGCCAAGCUCUGAAGACUAGAGAGGAUCUCGGGGAGGACGAAUUCAACCUGAUUGUGACGGACAGACCGUGAUGGAAAGGGAAAUACAACCUUCUGUGAAAGGUUCAGUCCCAGUGUGGUCCAUUGGUUUGAGGUUUCUCAAGCGACAACCUCCAGGGCUGAAAAAUGAAGCCAACAUGGAAGUGUCAAAAACUGCAGUUCCUUGAGUGUCCACUUGGGGCUGGCUACAGAGGUGACUUAAUCUUCAUCUACCCUCAUGUUUAAUUAUACGAUACAAUACGAUUUGAUAUGAUAUACUUUAUUGUCCCAUAGGGAAAUUUGUCUUGGAUUCAUAUGUGCUGCAUACAAUAAAAACACAGAUAAAAAGUACCAACCAGUACCAGUAGAAUUGCCCAAAUUUACAGCAGAAAUAAACAUGUUUACAGGCUGGUUUGGGUCUCUAUAGCUAAUUUCAACAUUCAUGACAACUGUACAGGGGGCAAAUUUUAAUAUAACUCACCUUUUCACAUUUUAUGAAGGCUUAAAGUUCUCCAUAUUAUAGAGCGUUAACAAGUGCAUUUUAGCAACAUCACCAUCUUAUAUUAUAUUAUAAAUAUUUUUCCUCCUGCACAAACAUUCUGCAGGGGUGUGAAAGCAUUCAUAUGAACCCACGAAACCAGUUAAAGGCGCUGUAUGUAAGAAUGUGGCCAAAACGGUUACUGCACUCAAAUUCAAAAUACUGCCGCGAGUCGUGUCCGCCCCCCCUCUCCUACAGAUUCGAGCUUGCUGGACAGCGGCACGCUGGAGACUGAUUUGUUUGCCCACGGGUGGCUGCCGUGGCAGGGCCAUGUCGCCGCGUCCUUGAUCUUCGGUUUUCCAGCAGACCAUUCGAGCAAGUCCGGCUUCUCUGCUGCUAACACUGCUGCUGGGAUACAGCUGAGGAGAAGCCGGCUGCUAAUGCUAUGUACCGGGACACUGCUAAUGCUGCUUGCCGUGUUGCUGUAGCUCAGUCUUAACUGUAACUGAUGCUGAGACUCUACUGACUGCGUGACGGGUAGACGGCGGUGGGUGGCGCAACAGGCCAAAACACAAAUUCAAAACAUAAACAUGAUUUGCGGACCGUAAUUUUUUUUUUAAAAUGCGAAUAUUCUGGCUGUACUGUUGUCGGUGAGAUCAGUAUGUUAUAUGAACAUUAUUCCUUAGUCUCUGUGACAUAUUAGGAGGAUUUUACGACUAUUUGCUUUAGAUUUCUUACAUAUAGCUCCUUUAAUGGGUCUUUGUUAAUUUCCAUGAGGAUUUUUGUGACGAAAAUCAUGCUUUAAGUACGAGUGAAAUACGUGAAGCAUAGUGAGCAUGUGAGCUGUGCUUUUGACAGACGUGGCAGAGAACUGAUAAUGAUAGAUAAUAAAUGGGCGAUGGAUUAUAUCAAUGGAUAAAUAAUUGAACAGAGCUAGAUGCCUAAAAAUGAUGUAUGUAAAAAAAACCCCAAAAGGACUGACAACAGAUUGGUCCAAUCAAAAAAUACUUUAAACAAGUAGGGGUGUCGGUGGCUCAGUGGUAGAGCAGGCGCCCCAUGUACAAGGCUGUUGCUGCAGCGGCCCGGGUUCGACUCCAGCCUGUGGCCCUUUGCUGCAUGUCUGUCUCUCUGUCUCUCUCUCUCUCUCUCCCCCCCUUUCACCUUUGUCUGUCCUAUCAAUUAAGGGCUUAAAAAUGCCCAAAAAAUAUCUUUAAAAAAAAAAAAAUACUUCAAACAAGUAAAACAUCUGUGUAUGGGUCCCUCUGCUUGUCGGUUUGAUAAAAAUCAUAGAUUACUUUCGGAUUCAUUUUUCACUAGUACUACACAAACUAAUACUGCCUAUAUUUUAACCUGCCACAUUUUAACAUCUGAACAGUAUCACUUGACUCUUAUGGACAGAAUUCCUGUUUAUAAUUGUGGUAAAGCUCACAGCAGGAGUAUAGAAAACAUGUUUCCACAAUGUCGUGAUAACUUAUACUGUAUAUACAAUAUGCACUUUUUUGGUAUUUAGGAAUAAAGUAACUGGAAACCAGUUAAUAAUGUCACUUGAUAACCCAUCUAUAAGACUGUGUAGUACUUAUAUUUUGAAACAUUGAUUAUGUGUCAAUGUUAUAUAUGUGUGUGUAUAUAUAUAUAUAUAUAUAUAUAUAUAUAUUUAUAUAGGGUCUUGGUCUUUGCUCAGCUGCUAAACCUAAUUAUAAACUGUAUAGCUUAUUAUAGUUAUAGUUUCUGAAUCUGUCAAGUUAAAUUUUGAUAAGAUGUGUAUUGAAUGAUGCAAAAUACAUUUAGAAUAUUGUUGAUUUGAUGUCUUGUAGCUUCAAUGAAGAGCUGGUGCAAGGUUAAACAUUACUUUUAUUAAACAGUCAGACUGUGGGGAAUAAGAUGAUUUUAACAACCACACAACUAUUUAUAGUGGAAUACGUGUAUGUCAGGGGGCUUCAUUGUUUCAUUUGACAUGAUCUCUUAAUCUGCUACUGCAAAUUAUUUUACAUUUCAACUUUUAACUCUCAUUUUUAACUUUUACCUUGUUUUUUUUACCUUCUACCACUGAGAGGGGAUGCACUGGAAUUUUGUUGUACAUUUGUGCAAUGACAAUAAUGUAUUCUAUUCUAAACUUUAUUACAUUUUUCAUUAUCAGUCUGUUAACAUUCUCUUCCUUUGGGGCAAAACAUUGUGACAAAAGCCCAAUGUCAAUGUCCAAUAUCCUGUCUUCAUAAAGUUAUCAUAAUUAUAUUGCAUCUACUGCAUUUUCACCUGAACAUUUGGGUGCAUCAUGAAUGCAGACUCUGACCUUUGUGGCAAGAUAUGAUGUAGUAAUGUGUGACAUUACUUGUACUA